CUUCCUCUUUUGUUCUCAUUUGACACACACAAUGGCUUCGUCUGCGCCACAGGGAUCUGUUGAUCCUCUCACCGGGAAAGAUCCGGCGAGGGCGUUAACUGCCGUAGCGUCUGGUUUCAUCGAGAAUGUGAAGAAAAACAAGCAGAGCUUCUUCCAGUUCUUCGCGAUGACUGGAAUCUUGCUUCUGAGCUUCCGAUCGGUGAGUCAGAAGUACAGAAUUCACGAUCUGGAAGAAGACACGGAUGUUCUCAAGAAGGAGAGAGAUAGUUUAACGGAUCGUAUGAGUAAAAUCAAGAGCGAUCUUCUGCAUCAAGCGUCGAUUGACUCUACCGGCGUCUUCGCUUCUCGACUCCGUCUACUUUUUGGCGACGAUAAAAAGUGACCAGAGGUUACGAAUUUUCUCACUCGUAAGAUGUUAUUGUUGUUCUAAACAGAUGUCUCUUGCCUAUAUGGUGAAUAAAUGAUUAGGAUUUUAUGGUUAUGUGUGAUUCAGAAAAUGGUGUAUCAGUUUGAUUUAUCCGAAACUCUACUUCGUGAAGU